AUGGACUACGACGAGCAGCCCUCGGCGGCCGACUCGUUCCGCGCGGGCGUGCAGCAAAAGUUCCAGGUCUUCCUGGACCGGUCGACGGUGCACCUCGUCGUCGCCCUCGCCGUCUACGCCUGCCGCGUCUACGUCGUCAACGGCUGGUUCAUCGUCACGUACGGCCUGGGCAUCUUCCUGCUCAACAACUUCAUCGGGUUCCUGUCGCCGCAGGUCGACCCGGAGAGCGACGGGCCCCUGCUGCCCGUCUCCGGCGACGGCGACUUCAAGCCCUUCAGCCGGCGCGUGCCCGAGUUCAAGUUCUGGUACUCGUCGACGAAGGGCGUCGUCGUCGCCUUCUUCAUGACGUUCUUCUCCAUCCCCGUCUUUUGGCCCAUCCUCCUCAUCUACUUCUUCGCGCUCUUCUUCCUCACGAUGAAGCGGCAGAUCAAGCACAUGAUCAAGCACAAGUACGUGCCCUGGUCCUGGGGCAAGAAGUCCUACCUCGACGGCGGCGGAACCGCGCGACCCGCGAAGGACGACAAGUGA